AUGGAGCAACCUGUUGGCCGUGGGUUGCGACCCGUGUUGGUGGAGGAGGGGAUCCUGGUGGCUGAGCCCCGCUUCAUCACACUUGAAGCACAGUUAUCUGAAAAUUAUACAAAGCCUUUGACAAAAGUGUCACCUUUUGUAAUACAAAAAGGUAUACAGGGAAUCAUAGGAACACCUAAAUCAGUGAAAAAGUUAAAAUCUGGUGCUCUCCUCCUUGAAGUGUCCAAGAAGCAGCAAUCUACAUCCUUGUUGGCAUUGAAAACUCUUGCAGAUAUCCCUGUUAUUGGUAAGGUCCACAGUGGACUUAACCAAAGUAAAGGUAUACUGUAUGAUAGAGAUCACGACCUGGAUGACAUUCCUGAACAGGAAAUCCAAUCUGAAUUGGAGUCCCAGGGAGUGAUCUCUGUGAAACGGUUCACGAAAAAACGAAAUGAUAAUAUUGAACCGACCAAUACAUACCUUUUAACCUUUUGUAUGCCAGUACUUCCAACUAACAUCAAAGUUGGCCUAUAUCAAAUGAAAAUUGAAAUGUUUGUGCCGAACCCGCUGCGUUGUUUUAAAUGUCAGCGAUUUGGACACGGACAAAAUAACUGUAAAGGCGCUGAAACCUGUUUCAAGUGUGGUGAAGAGGGGCAUGACGGCAAAGGCUGUCAGAAAACCCCAAAUUGCAAAAAUUGUAAAGGAGAGCAUAUGGCUUCCUCCAAGCAAUGUCCUUUAUGGAUAAAAGAAAAGGAAAUUCAGAAAGUGAAAGCAGAAAAACGAAUUCCUUACCCGGAGGCUAAAAAGCUUGUUAAUAUGUACAACAAUGUUCCAAAACCAAAUGUACAAUCUUAUGCAACAGUUUUAAAAUCUACUUCAAAGAAGGAUAUGUCAACGCAAGUCGAUGAGAAAGAUAUUUCUCAACAACAAACAUUAGUUGCUUUAUCAUCUAAUGACAAAGCAAAAACAUCAACACCUGCAUCUGCAGGUCCUGCAGCUGCGGCUGCACCAAAACCUGCAGUUACUGCACCAUUACAGCAAGCAGCUGCAGGUAACUCCAAGUCAUCAGGGAGACAAAACAAGUCUCCUCUGAAAAAUUCCAAACAAUCCAGCAAUCGAAUGCCAAAAGGCACAAAUGAUCCCGUUGCCUUACAUAAUAAAUUCGGGGUCUUUGAGGAAAUGGAUUUUACUCCAUCUCAGUCCUCUUCCUCACGAGGCCGAAGUCUUUCGCCAAAAUCAAACAAGGGGAGGAUAUCCCCUAUUACACUUAAUAAAUCUAAAUGA